ACAACAUUUGAUAUUUGCCGUUGUUGUGGUCGAUUGUGUUCUUAUUGUUCACAGUGGUGGGUGCCGCUGAUGUUGUCGCGCCGACGACGCAAACUAAUAUCUCCGUUUGUGUGUAAUUCUAUAUUUUUUAAUAAAUUGCACUAAAAGCGCGCUUUGUUCAAAUUAUUCAAACAUUAUACUAAUAAUAAUUUGUUAUUUGUUGUUAUCUUUGCAAGUACGCUAGUUAUUUAGCUUUCGUUUAAUUACUGCGAUCCGAGUGAGGCGUAUUUUUGUCGAUAUUUUUUUUUUGGCUGUUGUUUGCCUACUGACGAUUUUUAUUGCCCUGGAGCAACGCAUUUACCAGCGAAGAAACUACAUACAUACAUAUAAGUUCAGAGGAGCAAGUACGAGGCUUCAAAAUGGAGCUGGAAUGCGAUUUGAGCGCAAUUCAAAACGAAGAUAUGCUGCGACGAAUGUGGCAACAAGCCGAGGACAUCGAUCAGAAAAAGGAAAUUCGUUCACAUUUAUAUAAACUACGUGAAUCGCGUUUACGUGACUUAUACCAGGGCGACAUCAUGGCUAGCAACUUCGCUAAAGAUCCUUUGAAUCCUUCGCACGGUGAUUCGUUGGUAGGUCAAAAUUUUCAAAGUUUGAAAUCGAAAGAAGUGCGGGAUUCAAUUAGUCCCACACAAGAUUUGAAGUUCCACUCAAUGACUCUCAAUCAUCCCAAUACAACGGGAUGGGAUGUGCAAACCUCAUCAGAGGUGAGUCCAGAUGGUCGCGCAUACCGCACUGAAACCUUAGCUACUACAGAUGGCGUCGAGAAGAUCAAUGGCGGCACCGCUGAAUUUCGCGGUCGUAAUGAACAGCGUGCCAGCGCUUCUCAUCAAGGUGAUGAUAAGAAUUUCGUCAAGAAGGCAUCGGAAAGCUCAGAUACUCAUUUACAAGAGCGCGUCGUAGUUGGUGAUGAAAAUUCUGGCCGAACCGAAAUGAAGAUGAGUUCGACGACAACUUCGUCCUCCUCUAAUGUAACCUCUUCGUCUUCUACUGUGGAAUAUGGCGGUGGCGAGCCAAUCGAUCCGGCCAAGUACCUUGUGGAUAAGACUAGUCGCCAGCACCCGGAUCAACAUCAUCAGCAACGCCUUACGCAAGAGCAAUACAUUCAGCAGCAACAACAACGCCAGCAACAGUUGCAGCAAGAGGAGUUCGAACAAACCAAGCUAUAUCAGCAGCAACAGCAUGAGAAACGCAUUCAGCAGCAACAGCAGGAGCAACGUCAAUUUAGCGAGGAGAUCAAUCGCAGUCGUCAAGAGUCCUCCACCAGUCGCAAUGUGGAGACUCAACAGAAGACGGAGCAAAAUAGGCGCGUAGUAGACGUGGAUAAGGCAUCACCGGAAUAUCAACAGCAUGUCCAGUAUCUUAUGUCACAGCCUGGUGAGAUCAUUUCAAACACGGUAGAGUAUCCGAAACCGAACGUUAAGAUGAUCACCACCGUUAAGCGUUUGCCGGACGGCACCAUUGUAAAGAACAAACGUUACGAAACGGAAGAGUUGCAGCCUGCAGUUGAGAGCCAACGUCAACGUACUACGUCUACAACGAGCCAGAACAGUACUCAACACAAAAGCCAGCAACAGCGACGAGAACAGACCGAAGAUAAUAUUUAUGACCGUUCGCAAAAUGUACGCAAUGUCACCCAGCCUAGUAACACACCCAGACGACCUGAACAGGAUGUCGUCGAUAAUGCGGAGCCAUACACCCGAGUACCAAACCAACAACAUUUGGUAGAAUCCCGUGCCACUGAUGAGGCUACUAAUGUCGAAACAAAAUUUUCAUCAGUGAAGAAAUCUAGCCGUCGAUUCUCAACUGAGACCACCUCUGAAACAGUUGAAGAGUUCUCAGACCAGCCACCUUCAACACAAGCACCUGGUAUUCGCGGUAAACCAAGCAGUCGUUCGCCCACACGAGACUUUUCAACUCAUGGGUUUCCAUCAGUAAAGUCGAAUAGACCCACUCAGGAAUAUCCCACUGAACGACCGCAUGGCGCACCACAAUCGCAAACACCAGAUUUUAGCACACAUGGGUUUCCUUCCGUAAGGCCAAAUAAACCUACCCAGCAGUAUGCAAGUGAAAGACCACGUCCUGCCGAUGUGGAACAUCUUACUCAACAGCAGCCCGGUGCUCAGGUGCCACAUGGCUUUCCUGCAGUGAGACCAAAUACCAACAUUACUACCACUAAAGAUGGAGAUAUAAUAAUCGUUAGUUCAGAAUCUACACGCAGCUCAAAGUAUAAGACCAAUGCAGAGCGCAUUAUCGAAACAGAGGUUGUGGUUGAUGGUGAUACCAGUGGUCGUCCGCAAAGGCUUACACAUCCAGAGCCAAUUGCACAUUGGCGUGGGUUUCCCGCUGUAAAGGAAACUUCACCUGGCGCCUCUAGCCCACGCAGAGCACAGCCCGGUGAAGAUUUUACAACUCACGGCUUUCCAUCAGUUAGAUCUCCAACAAAUAGUUCCCCAGCUGCUAAACCGAGCUCAGUGCAGACUGCGCCCUCUAGCGCUGUCAACCAAGAUGGCAACGUUACUGUAGUUAGUUCUGAAACAAAGAAAACAAUAAAGCAUAAUACGAACCGGGAACACGUUAUCGAAACAGAAAUUCUAGGUGAAAGUGACCACCACUACUCGCCGGCAGGAUUACGCCAACCGGACAAAAUUACAUUCCCUCCCACUCCCCAACCUUCAGAUUUUAGCACACAUGGCUUUCCUUCGGUAAGGGACUCUGCUCCCACUAAUGAUGCAUAUCGCCGUCAAGGUACACCAACUCGCGAUCAUCCAAGCAGUCCACGCAAGCCUCAACCGUCUGAAGAUUUCUCCACACACGGUUUUCCAUCUGUAAAGGACUCUACACCGGCAAGAGCUAGUACACCCUCUCGUGACUAUCCGAGCAGUCCGCGUCAGCAUCAUCCCUCAGAGGAUUUUUCAACUCAUGGUUUCCCAUCUGUAAGAACACCCAGCAAAACAGCACCAGAUUAUUCAUUACCGAGUGGUGGCUUCCCCUCCACCAGAGAUACCAAUGCUCCUAGGUUGACGCCAACUCAGCCGAGGUCAACACCUACAAAAACAUCUACAACCACAACAGAUUCAUCACAACGUCUGAUUUCAAAGGAAAGGGACGUAGAUGCUUCACAUCGCGCUUUUGCUGCUUCUCUUCGUUGUUCCUCACCGGUGGAUAGCAUAGAUCAUCAUCGCAGCUCGCCUCGUUCCAGUGUAUCAUCGACUAGAACAUUUAGACGUGACGGACGUGAGGGAUCGCACGACAGCGAAACCAGCCGCAUCAGUUCGGGUACAGUUACGCGUACGUCGCCAAGUAAGAGUGUUGGUAAAACUGUCGUUACAAAGCAAACUGUUGUUAAAAAUCGUAACGUGAAUGGUUCUAACGAUACAAUUGAUUUAACACCGCAGCGCCCCACAAAGUCACCUUCUCCCACGAAGAGCGUAACCACGACCACCACCACACGCACCACGACAACUAGAAAGAGUCCGGGGGAAGUGCCAAAACCAGAUAAUCAAAAAUCUAAGCCAGCCGAAAACACAUUUCCUAUAAUUAACGAACCACUAACCAUCACAAAAACCCACUUUACCGCAAAUGACGCCAGCUUCCUCGGAAACGAGGUGGUGGAGAAGCCAUGCAUAAAAAAACACUUUUAUAAACUUGGUCCGUCCGACAGCGCAACACAUAAUGUUGACGAGAAGUCACCAUAUUCACCAGCACCCAGUAAUCAUAUACAUCGCACUCAUCCCAAAUCUAAAUCCCAAAAUCGGGAUGAUUUAGAGGAUGCUAACCACGAAGAGCCCAUACAUAAUCAGCCACUAAGUUCAUCAAUAAUAGAACCUAAACAACGUAAUCGUUCACCGUCAGGACCAAAAAAUAGUAGUCCACAAACCAUUUGUCAACCAUUGAAGAAUGAACCCAGUGUUGAGCGUAGGACUGUUGUGAGAGAAAGUACAUUCGAAAAUACUGAUUGGCAGAAUACAAUUUUAGAUUCAGAUGAAAAUCAAAAUCCUGUUAUGGGCGAUUUCCCAAAACGUACAGAGCUUACAGACGACAGUGAACAUGAAACUCCACAUAGAAAGGGAUCACCAUUCGAUACCUCUGAUUACCCCGGUAAAAGAGGAGUAAUUGGUAAACAACCAAUUAAUAAAAAUAAAACCGAACACGUGACAAAAGUAACCACUCGCGUAGAGAAAACACAGGCUAAUGUUGAUAUUGAAGAUACGAAACCUACUUUCGUGCCAAAGAAACCUUUGGAUACAACGGGUAAAAAACCAAAUGAACCUUUAAAUAGAAAGCCGUUCGAGAAACACGGAGCACAGCCUGAAGAAAAAGCGCCAACUGAAAGGAAACCGACAAAUAUGCCUACUAGUCCGACAAGGCGAACUUCCGAUGUUACAAACUCGAAAACCGCAUCCACAACAUCUAAGACAACACGAAAAGAAAAUACUCAACACAUUGAGGAUGAUCGGAAACCGACAAGAAAACCAUCUGACUCAAAUAUAACUUCGAAAUCGACUCAUAGACAAAAACCACAGCCAACUGAUGACUCAAAUCGACCGAAUGAGCCUGCGUAUGGAAACCGGAAUAAAAAAACCCCAAUCGAUAACAAACAACCUACAGACAGGAGGCCUGAAACUAGUUCCACUAGAAAAAUAAUAGAAAGCGAAACUUUUAAUACUACAAUAAAAAGCGAACACAACGGAGAAACAUAUUCCAUAGAGAUUGACGAUCAAUCUGAAAAGCCCGAGCUUGUAAGACCGGCGAACGAAAACACGGUUGACAAAAAGAAACCGAUUGAAAAAAGGCCUUUAGAAAAAGAUUAUGUUAGAAAUGAUCGUAGCCCUCAAAGGACCACCUCAGACAAAAGCAGCUUCUACACCAGUAAGAUUACAGUUGACACUGUAAAAACUCGCAAGAGCAAUGUUUCGCCAACUAGAACGCCUGAAGAUAUCAAAACCACUGAACCCGUGCAGAAAAAGCCCACGAAAGAUGAGCCAUCAAAACAACCAAAAGGUGCUAAACUAACAAAACCAGCAAAUUUUGGCGUUACACAUACCUCGCCAGAGUAUACAAGACCAGCACCUACAGUUGAUAAUGAGUCUGAACCAAGCGAUGAUGAACACAGCCCAACAAACAACAAAGGCCCAGCUAGAAAACCAAUAUUAAACGCUGGCAAGCCUGUAGACAUUUCUGACGAUGAGGAUCAAGACCGUAUUUUCACGACAACUACAAUAAGAACGGUACGCUUAGAUGAACCUAAAUCGGCAAAUCCUAUAGUGACUGAUGAAACUAGACGAGUUGAAGAACUUUUCAAUCAAACCGAUCGGACCAAAAUAACAAACAAUGUUAACGAGGAAUUUAUAAAAAUCGAACGGCAAGUGAAUGACAAAUUUCCCGUUAAUAAUAUACCUACAAACGAUUCAAGCGGGUUAGCGCCUAAUAGUCCAGAUUAUUGCAAGCCUACCACUAAAAAACCAUUCGAACCGUCUAAAACUACCGACAAGCAAAAGCCAACUGAGGAAACUGUAGCAACGAACACAAAAAUCUAUGAAGAAACUAUAAACAUCAAUUAUGAAGAGCGGAAACCAAGCGAAAUUGAUGACAAUGAACCAAAAUCAAAACCACUGAAAAUCGGCGAUAGUGUUCAUCAAGUGAUUACUGACACAAAUAAUUCAAUAUCGUUUAAGCAACAAACACCCAUUGUUCCAGAGAAACUCCGCGAACCAGAUGAACCUAAAAUUGGAGAAAGGAGCGAACCAGAGCGUGAAAAGCCAAUAAAGCGACAACCAACAGAUGCAAUCUUGAGUGACGACGACGAUCAGAUAACAUUCGAAACUACUACUACUAAAAAAGAUGUUAUAUUGAAAUCCGUAGAUGUCGAAAAGACUAAGUUUAGCGAACCGAAAAACAGGGAGCCAUCAAAGCCGGUUGAAGGAAAAGGAGCGCCAAAGAAACCUGAAAUUGAUCGCAGUCCUACAAGAAAACCAAAUGAGCAGAUAACUGUAAAAACUACUACCACCAGGACCACUAAUAUUGUUGAAGGGAAACCACGCACGGAUAACAAUCGGCAGCCAGAUGAACCCAUUGAUGAACCGGUCGAUAGAAAAUCUACUUUAAAUGAAACUAAGCGAGUCGAAGAACUCUUCAAAACAACCAAUAAAACUACAAACAUCAAUAAUAAUUAUAACGAGGAAUUUAUUGCGAUUGAAAGUCAAACUAAGGAGACUCCAGAUGGAGCAUUCUUCUCCAAAGCACCUGAACCGGAACCUGUCUCCCCAAGCUUUAAGAAAAAGGGCGUUAGCCCCAGAGAAACAUUUGAGGAUCGUUGUCGUCAAAUUCUUGGAAUGGAAAAUUAUGGUGACACCCCAGGCAGUUACAAUAAAAAACCAGAAGAUGAGUCUGAUGAAAAAGCGCCACUUACCGAAAAUAUCACAAAGUUCGAAGUUAAAAUUGAGGAUUGUGAUGACGAUGAGCCCAAUUAUUUAAACAAUAUUAAAGAGGCCCUUAAACCGCUUGAUAAGCCCAAAACUAACAAACCCAAUGAUGUUUCCAAUGAGGAAAUUGUUGAGGAAAUUGAGUGUAUUCGCAAAGAGACGGUAGUACCCUUUAAAGACAGUUCUCCAGAAAGGAAAGUCCCAACUAAAGCUACACGUAAAUCAACACUGCUGGUUAAGAAAGACAUAUUGGAUGAAGAUGAGUGUAUUACCAAUAAGAGAACAUCGAAGAUUGUAAAGAAAGUAACCAAAGGGGGGAAGAUUGAAUAUGAAGAGCCAGAGGAGUCUUCAACGAGUGAAUCGGAAUCUCCUGAAAAGGAAACGGAUGAAGAAUCUCAGCCAGAUACUGUUGUAUCAGAGAGAGAGAUGCAAUAUACCGAAGAAUUCCAAAUCGAAGAACGCACAGAAAAGAAGCAACCGUUGAAACCCAAUAGAAAGCUGCCUGGUCAAAAAACUACAUCUCCAAAUACAAGUCCGACUAGGAAGACAUCUGAACCUGCAACUGGUGGUAAAAAGUCGCCUUUGAAGCAAUCCCCUUCAAGACCGUCUACAGUUACAACAAAAGUAACUGUUGAGUCGAAGCCUAAAACACGCGAGUCGAACACGUCAACUACCAGAACCGUUACCAACACUACGUCAAACUCUAAAUCGCCUGAAAAUCCGGAGAAACGUGAUAUUGUUAAAAAAGAUAAGCCAAUAUCACCAUCAAAGACGCGGCCCGAACGUGUUCAGAAAAUAGAUACACCUACAACUGCCGAUAAGCCACAUAAAAAGCCAAGCAAUGAGUCUCCCAAUUCACCAAUUAAAGAUCGGCUACGUUCUUCAACCCGGAAUAAGAAACCUUCUAUCACGGAGUCCGACUCUUCACCCGAAAUGAGUCCAACUCGUCUUACAGAGCGAAGACGUUCGAGUAACAUUUCGGUGCACACAGAAAUCAUUAUUGAUCACACGGGUCCGAAAUCGCCUAAGCCAACCGAAAAGACGCCAGAGAAACACAAGUCCCAGCCCAAGAAAACCGUUCCGGAAGAUAUAAUUUCACCGACAAAACCAUUCCGAAGAUUCCCCGUCACUGAGCGAAAGGAGUCUGCUCCCGUGCCCAGUGUGUCACGCAAGGAUAAGGACGUAAAGAUGACUCGCUCAACAAGCGAGAAAGUUAUGAAGGUUACUGAGAAACCAGUGAAGAGAACAGAGGUAGACGCAACAGCACACAGUCCAACACCGAAAACUGAUCGAAGACCCAAUAAAUGUUUUACCACAAAAACCAUAAAUUUAACCACGACUGACAAGCUAAUCAACAGUGAAGAUAUGGAAAACGUCAUCAUUGAUAUACAGCAUGCGAAGAGUUCUCGUGAGCCAUCACCAGAUAAAAUUGUGCCAACACCAGUACCGGUACAUAUAAAUACUGGCAAGCCACGUUACCCAGAUGUCGUUCAAGAGCCGGAGGAUGAGCCACGAAAAAAACCUGUCAUCAAAAACAUACCGAUUUUAGAAGAAGAAUCCAACGAAUUCAUUAACUGCCACAUAUCGGAGGUGAAAACGGAAAAGAUUUCGAAACUGAUAGACCUGGAAGAAGAUGAUAUAUUAGAUAAUCCCACAAUCGAAGCUCCUCAAAGUCUUGAAUACCCAUCCAUCGAUAGACCUGAUGAUGAUUGCCUUUUGAGUGUUCACGAAAAGGUUUCCAAGUUUACACAUACAGCUGAAGAAAUUAAAAAACCAAAAGCGUCCAGUCCAUUCAGCAGAGAAUUCGAUAAAACGCCUAAGGUGCCAGAUAACGAUGACUGUUUGUUGACAGUUGAUGAAAAGGUUAACAAGUUCAUAAAGACAGCAGAAGAGGUGGUGAAGCCAAUCACAACAGUAAGGGAGAUUGAGCGACCAAGCCUCACCGACUUGGAUGAAGAAUUGCAGAAGGAUGACUGCACUUUGACUGUCUCACAAAAAGUAAAUAAAUUCUUAAGCACCGCAGAAAAACUGGCACCCACUGUUCCACAAAGGUCACCCGAAUUAGUGGCGAAAAUUGAACGAACUAUUUCGAAACAAAGCGAGCCCGAGUAUCCCGAAGAUCUUAGUGAUGAAGAAUUAACGCCAUUUUCUCAAAAUCACACUAUCGAAAUUGAGAAACGACGCCAGAAAGAUAUACUCGCUCGGCCAACAGUAUUUGAAAGCACCACAAAAGGCAACCGAAAUGUCGAGUACGUAGAAGAGGAAGUAUUUAUUGACAGAACCGCUGCUGGGCCCGAAAGUGAUGAAGUAAUUCCGCACACAAGGGAUCAUACAACGAAAAUUGAAUUAAAACGUCAGAAGGACAUUUUAUCCAGGCCCUCAAUUUACGAUAAGAACGUUAAACCUAGACCACAAUCGCCUAGCAAGAGAGAGCCUGUAGGCUCUUGUAGGCCACAGCAUCCAAUAACGACCAAUGCAAAGCAAACAGUGUACACUACAAAGAAAAUUAACUUGCAAGAUAAUGAAAAAAUUGAGUCCAAGAGCGUAGAACGUAAACCUUCGCAUUCGGCAACUAAACCUGAAAAUUAUAAAAGUCCCACAAAACCUCAAACUUCCACAGUUGCUGUGACCAGGUCUCGUUUUGAAACUUCUGAUAAGAAAAAACCAACAUCCAAAUCCACUAUAGAACCAAAAGUUAAUAGAGUUCCGCUUUCAAGUACCACUGGGCGUAAACCAGGCACUGAUCCGAAAGCACCUGUGCCUUCAACAACUGCCCGACUGCCAUCAACGACAGCAUACACGAAGUAUCCUUAUUCAAACAGGCAUAAGCCAUUGAAUGAACCGAACUCAGGGCCACGUAAACAAUCCACAGAGCCUGAUAGCCAUUAUCCAGAACGUAAACCAUCUGCUGGAUCUCUAUCUAAUGUUCAUGACUACGAAACUAUUGAAUCCGAAACAGAGUUUGCAUCAACAACACGUCGCAGAAGCUCUUCAAAGACAAAAGAUUACUUGGAAACCGUACAAACUGAAAUCGAAAGGUUUUCUCCGACACAAAAAGAACCCAUGCGAAAGAUUCCCUCACAGGAAAAACAAAAACCCCAAACUUUCUCACACAGUCCUACCCAAAAAGAUACAAGAAGCACCAUCACUAAAGUUGCCCAAGUAACCGAACGCACAAUUGAGCACAGUUCACCCUCAGAUUGUUCUGACAUAGAAAUCGUUGAAACCGUUCCAGAACGCCCCACACAAGUCAAAACUCCAACUUCUACGCCCACAAUUGGUCGCACUCGUAUAGCAGCCGAUACGGUGGCUGCUCGACGUAAUAUUUUCGAAAGCAACGCUACACCGAAGGUACAAAGGCCUAGCGGAAGCGACGGUUCACCGUCACCCGUUGGUCGGCGACCCUCUUAUAUGGAUCACACAGUCAGCUCUUUGGAACACAUUCGCCGUGAUUCCCUAGAAGUAAAUAAACACAAUUACUCACGCAAGUCCUCGUUCGAAUCGGAAAGCAAUUACGAACGACGACCAAAUGCUGCUGUGAAGUUUGAUGUGCCUCAAAAGCCCCAACGUACAGCGAGUAUUUCCGAAGACAUCGAUGUCGAAAGUAUUUUCGAAUUAGAAGUAUUGGAGCGUCUAUUAGAGACAGUAACUUCAUAUGAGCUGCGACGCCGGAUCCGGGCACAAAUACGUUUGGUUAAGAAAAACAUACUCAACACUGAAGUGGUUGACAAAAGGAAAACCGAAACUAAAACAUCUAAGUCCAUUAGCUCAACUCAUAAAACAUCUACUUACACAUCAAAUGUACAUCACGAAGAAACUGACACAAUUCAUGAGGAUUUGAAAACGAAGAGGCCAUACGAGAGUAAGCCCAGCCCAAAACGUCCGACACCAACAACAAAGAGUGGCCGAGUAUCGGAAAUCGAAGAUAUACCAAGAAAAUCUCCAUACGAUCGCAAUGAAAGUCCGAAACUAUAUGGCAAAUUUCGUCGAGAAGAAGAAGUUACCACAAAGACUACGACUAAUGCUAAAAUACAGAACGGUCGCAGCGAAAGCCCUAAACGUCCUACGAAAACAAACCAUGAACGGCAACCAAGUCCCGAAACCAAGUCGCCCCAAGGAUCCGUAAAAGGGGUACGUCAUAGAGCAGAUUCAUCGAUGUCUUCCACACAUAAAGAGUUUAUAAGAAGCGAGCAGAGAAACUUCUCUGAAGAGACAUUUAAUAGCUCUCGUUCGGAACGUUUCGAGAAAGAGGAGAGCCGCGAGCGCAGUUAUAGUCCUGAAUCUAAAAGUCCUGCAAGGGACGGCAAACAAAGUCCUGAUUAUAAAACCAAACCUGCAGCUGGCACACGUACGAAGAGUCCUGAGGCCAGAAAACCAUCCUUCCCACGCUCGCCAAGUCCCCAAGGCAGAACACCCAAACAACGUGACGAAUUGUACACGAUCUCGAAAGUAACGACAGUUAAAACCACACGCUCACCAGAACGAAAAUCAAGUAAACCGACCGUUGAAGAAAAUGCACCUAUUUGGGUAGACCGUAAAAAUUUGCUCAAGAGUCCUAGUAGCACACCGCGUACGCCGCGUAAGGCGCCAGCUGCGCCGUCCGCGCGCACUACCGCAACGAAGGCUACAACAAAGACAACGAGUCAACGACAAGCUCAGAACAGAAACUUCGAAGAGGAUUCGAUCACUUCGAGUUAUGGCAUUGGGCCGACAGACGAAAAUGGUUUGCCGUUAUUCGGUAUAAAGGCGCUAAAAAAGAAGAAACCAAGCCAACCCUGUGAAGCAACCGAAGAAGUCACAGGCUAUGUUAUCGAGGAGAAAUAUUAUUCUGAUAACAAAACAAAGCCGAAAGUCGAAAGGAAGGAAUACAUUUAUUCGACAAACGCAGAUGAACUCGAGGAAAUCAAAAAAACUGUUGAGCAGAGUAGAAAAUCAUCGCAAAAUGAUGUGGAUGUUAUCAGGAAAUUCGAGAAAAUCGAUAAGGACUAUGUUUUUGAAACACCAGAGGCAAUACAGCCAGAUUCAGAAGACUUCACCACAUCCAGCAAAUAUGUGCGCCGUGGUUCUGUGAAAGAGCUGAGUGAGAAAUUCGUACGGAAAGAGUCCUCGCAAUCGACAACAGAAAAGUCAGGUGGCUAUCCAAAAGCCGGAUUGAUAUUGCGCACCAGUCGUGCACCUUCAACAGACCCCAGUGGAGAUGCAUACGAAACUACUACGGAAAAAUACACCAGCACAUCACGCAGCGGUCAUGGCUAUCGUUCGACGGAAGAAGCAGACUCGGACGAUGAACACAAUGUGCAGCUUCGUCAAAAGCAAUCGCGACGCAUUUUCACUGAGGGCACUGAAGACAACGAAAGCGAUCAAUGCCAUUUGAGUACACGCUCGUCGACCAAGUCUACGCGCUCCUUCCUGAACAGCAGCGGUGAAACUAAAGUGGUAACAAGCGUAGACGAUGCGUUGGAGCGUAUGCGUAACGCGGACUAUGUGGUGGAAGCUGGCGAUACUGCUGAGGAUAGGGAGGCGCGUUCAUUGCUGAAUAAAUUUUUAGGUGCCAGUGUCAUAAUGAGUGGUGUGGAAAGUGUUUUACCGACAACGAAACAAACAACAACUACUACGAUUACUAAAACUUCAUACGCGGAUGACGAUGACGACAGCGAUCUACUGAAGAACAAAGCGAUAAACGAAAACGAAUACAAAUACGAAGACGGGGACGGUGACGUAUAUGAAAACGAAAAAGAAGUCAAAUACUCAGACGAAUACGAAAACGAAGGUCAAAACGAAUACGAAGAUGUACGCGAACAUAAGGACCAAUACGAACAAGAAUAUGAAGACGAGACGAAAAAAAGCAGGAAUCUGAAGACCAAUAUGAAUACGAAGACGAACAAUAAGGGGAAUAUGAAAUAG